AUGUUAUAUAUUAAUAAAUUUAUUUAUUUACUUCCUUUUUUAUUUUUUGUUUCACAUUCAUAUAAAAUUCUUGUAUAUAAUCCCAGGAGAUCUCAUUCUCAUAUUCAAUAUGUUGGAAGGAUAGCUGAUACUCUUCAAGAAGCUGGUCAUUCAGUAACUGUUCUUCAACCAAUUCAAAUUGCAUCAAUAGAAACUAUUGGAUCUAAAUUAGCUAAAGUAAUUAGUAUUAAUAAUCCAAUAGGUGAUGACGAUUUUAUGAAAAUUCUUAAACUAUUUGAAGAUGAUGUUUGGAGAAAAAAUGGUAACAAUCCAUUAAGUAUGGUAUCAUUAUUUAAAAAAUUUUCUAUUUUAUUAAAACAAAAUUGUAAAGAUUUAAUUGAAAAUACAACUUUAAUUAAUGAAUUUAAAAAAGAAAAUUUUGAUAUUGCUUUUUCACAAUUUUAUAAUCCAUGCGCUUUUGGUUUAUUUGAGAUGAUGGGUAUAAAAAAAGUUAUAUCUGGAUCAUCUACUGGUCUUAAUGAAGCAUAUUAUGAUUUAUUUGGUCUUGAAUAUCCAUUAAGUUAUGUUCCAUCAAUUAUUGGAGGAGGUGGAAUACCUAAAGGUAUUAUUGAAAGAACUAAAAAUGUUUUUUCAUAUUUAUUUUCUAAAUAUUUUAUUAUUAAAUCAUUUAACUCAAAAGAUCAAGAUGCUUUUGAUGAAGUUUUUGGUGAAGGAAAAUAUAAUCUUUGGAAAUUAAUGUCAAAAUCAGCUUUUCAUUUUGUAAAUUCUAAUCCAUUAAUUGAUUUUCCACAUCCAACAACAUCAAAAAUUGUAGAUAUUGCAGGAAUUGGUAUAGUAGAGGGAAAAAGUUUAGAUGAUGAGUAUGAUAAAAUACUAAAUAUAAGAGAAAAAAAUGUUAUCAUGUCAUUUGGUAGUGUAGUAAAAUCAAAAAAUAUUCCAGAUGAUAAGAAAAAAUCUAUAUUAGAAACAUUUAAACAAUUUCCAAAUGUAACAUUUAUUUGGAAAUAUGAAGACAAUGAUAUUUCGUUUGCAAAAGAUUAUCCAAAUGUAAUAUUAAAAAAAUGGAUUCCUCAAGUUGAUUUAUUAAAGGAUAAAAGAGUUAACCUAUUUAUUACACAUGGUGGUUUAAAUAGUGCUAUAGAACUUUCUUAUAAUGGUGUACCAUCAAUUUUUAUACCAUUUUUUACUGAUCAAAAAAGAAAUUCAUUUAUGAUUAAAAGAUAUGAGUGUUCUAUUAUCAUGGAAAAAGAAACACUUGGAGAUCCAGUAACAUUUAAAAAAAAUAUUAAUGAAAUAUUAAACAAUAAAAAAUAUUUAGAAAACGCCAAAAAACUUGCAAAAAUGUUAUCUUUAUAUCCUCAUGAGGCAAAAAAGAAAUUGAUAAAAAGUGUUGAGUUUGCUGCAGAAUUUGGAGAUAUUAAAGAAAUGAACUUACCUUCAAUGGAAAUGAAUAUAAUUGAACUUUACAAUAUUGAUGUUUAUUUUAUUUUAUCUUUGAUAGUAAUUAUUAGCAUAACGAUAGCAUAUAAAGUAGGAAAAAAAAUCAUAAUGUUAUGUAGAAAAAAGAUUAUCAAAAAUAAAGUUGAUUAA